AUGAGCAUGGCCAUUUCAGCUGCAGAACGCCGCGCUCCCACGACGCAGAAAGUCAGAUAUAUAAAGCGCAUUCAACAUGUUCAAGCAUGCGAUGGGGUUGGCAGCGCUACUGGGGCUGUUUCCCCAACCAACGCACACUGCAGAGAAGCGGAGGGCCCCCGCACCUUUUGGUGGGUCGACUACAAGGAGGUCGAGGCGGGGGAAAUUUCGUUGAGGUCCAGUGGCCAAGGGGAGCAGGUGCCACGACACAGACACAAAAAGAAGGGCUCCUCCAGGAAAAAACUCGAGCGACGGGAACUCCACACACAGGAACAACAGCAGAGGCCACAGCAGCAGCAGCAGCGGCAGCGGCAGCAGCGAUACAGGAACUCGGUGAAGCUACAAAAACAACGCGAACGCUCCCUCACAGGUGGCUCUGACGUAGAACCACUGGAACCGACACAGAAUCAGCACGUACAGCAGCAGCAGCAGAGACGGCACAGGAAUUCCUUGCAGAUGCAGCUUCAUCGAGAGCCUUCUCCAUCGGACGGUUCCACCACAGACACCUCGGAUGAGGAGGUUCAGCAAGGGCAACAGGAAAGACAGCGAAGACAUCGCUACAGAAACUCGGUGCAUCUGGAGCUUCGGCAGAAUGCGUGGAAGUCAGGAUUGAAUAGCAUACCAGAGGAUUCCGACGAAGAAGUGCAAGAUCAGCAGCCCUCGUUACCAGUGGCCAUGAUACCUGGAAAGCAGCAAGUGCAGGAAACACCCGCACAACAUUCUGGGGGAUUGCAAGAUGUUGGGGAGCUAAGCGAGAGCGACUGGAGCGACGGGGAUUUCAGCGAGGGUGAGGAAGAGGCGGGAGCUGCAGCAAAGGGACCUGCCCCUUUCAAGGGGCAAAUUUCACCCCACAACCUCGAAGGGUCCCCGCUUCCUGCCCCUGUACUCAACAGAGCGGUCUCGAAGAUCAACAGGCGCUAUGGGCAGUGCGGAGACACUGCCAGAGAGAUGACCUCAGCAGAGGAGGAGCUGAUAGACAGCGUCAUACAGCGCUGGGAAAAGUCGGGCUUUCAAGCUUUCAAGAUAGAGGGAAUGACCGUCAACUCGGGGGAGCAGAAGCUCAUUCUGCACAACGAAGCGUUGACUGCGAACCUCGUAGACAUUUACCUGCGAGCACUCGAGGUGAAAUAUCUUCCCAGCAGCCCCUGA